AUAGCGUGAGGAAGUUCAUGCUACAACUGGAUUCAUGGCUGGAUUGCUUGCCUGCAAAAAAGCCACUUCUCUUAUGGAUGAUGCUCAACACCAAGCCUCUCUCUUAGAAGUUGAUUGUCAAGACUUAUAUAAAGCUUUCUAAAAAGGGGGACCAUUGCAGCUAGACUUGUCAAAGCUUGAUGGCUGCACUCUUGGAAUCUAUUGAAUCCUUUCCCUCUCUUCACCUUUACCUGGUCAAACGACUAGGGAAGAUCUGGCAGAUUAUCUUGCAGCCUCUGCAUCAAAGGGGGUGAAAAAUGGAACCAUCACCUUCUCUUAUUAACAUCGUCUCUAAGGACUCAACUUCUUUCAAAAGCUCUGUGCAAUCUUUUGUUGUUCUUGGUCGUGAUCGUGCGGAAACAGGCUAAAUUUAAUUUUACUGUUACUGUUAUUUGUACGCCUCUAUCGCUAGACUUACGGCUUAACUCUGUUAUGCUUUCUUUCCAGUUAUGAACAUAUUCCCUUCCAAAAUAUAUAUAUAGAGCCAACGUGUAGGAAAAAGAAUUGCUCGUGUCUUUCCGCCACCACCCUGCUAGCCUCACUAUCUCGUCACUUUAGUGUAUUCGCAUUCUUUAAGGGCCGGAGUUUUGAUUCCGAGGAAAAGGAGGGUUUCCAAUUCCGAGUGCUUCGCACGAUUAUCGCAAUAGUUUAUUUUUGGCAACAGAGUGAUGGCGGGUUCUUCCGAGACGAGGCUCGUCCAAGAUUUGUUAUUAUACGCGGCGAGUGCGGCACUCAGCUGCUUGGUUUUGUUCGCCGGGCUUCGACACCUCGACCCUAAUCGUGAGACGUCAAAAAAAGCUCUUCAACGCAGGAAAGAGAUAGCUAAGCGUCUCGGUCGUCCUGUCAUUCAAACAAACGCUUAUGAGGAUGUCAUAGCCUGUGAUACUAUUAAUCCCGAUCACAUUGAUGUGAAGUUUGACUCUAUUGGGGGACUACAAACAAUCAAGCAAGCUUUGUUUGAGCUUGUUAUACUGCCCCUGAAACGACCUGAACUAUUUUCUCACGGCAAACUUCUUGGCCCACAAAAAGGGGUCCUCUUGUAUGGACCCCCGGGUACUGGGAAAACCAUGCUCGCUAAAGCAAUUGCAAAGGAGUCUGGAUCAGUUUUCAUUAAUGUAAGGAUAUCAAACCUGAUGAGCAAGUGGUUUGGCGAUGCCCAGAAACUCGUGGCUGCUGUAUUUAGCCUGGCUUAUAAGGUCCAGCCCGCUAUCAUAUUUGUUGAUGAAGUUGACAGCUUUUUGGGUCAGCGCCAGCCAACAGAUCAUGAGGCAAUGUUAAACAUGAAAACUGAGUUCAUGACUUUAUGGGAUGGAUUUACCACCGAUCAGAAUGCUCGAAUUAUGGUCCUUGCAGCAACCAAUCGUCCCUCAGAACUUGAUGAGGCCGUUUUACGGCGGUUUCCCCAAGCCUUUGAAAUUGGACUUCCAGAUCCAAGGGAGAGGGCUGAGAUAUUGAAGGUUAUCUUAAAGGGUGAGAGAGUUGAAGACAACAUUGACUUUGAUCAUAUAGCUGCCUUGUGUGAGGGGUAUACCGGUUCAGAUCUCUUUGACCUCUGCAAGAAGGCUGCCUAUUUUCCCAUUAGGGAAUUGCUGGAUGAAGAAAAACAAGGGAGAAAUGCUCCUGAACCAAGGUAUUUGACACUGUCAGAUUUGGAGAAGGCUCUCACCACUUCGCGAAAAACAAAGGUUGCUGCUGGUGAAUACAGUGGAUUAAAUGUACAGUCACGGAGAAGGCCAGGACACAGGGAGUCAGGUGAUUAUCAGUUUCAAGAUGCAAUCAAUGAACUCUCUAAGCUUGUGGUUUCUCAAAUUAUUAACCUCCAAUCAGAUGCGCAGGAUCCAUAAAAUGCUUACCUUGUACUUUCUCUAAUUCUCUUUAUAAGUCAGUUUUACCAACCCCAUCAAUAUCAAUAUAAUAAAAGUACAAAAAAUAAAAGUAAGUAAAAUUUUAAGCAUAACUCUCGAGUAAAAAGCAAAAAGUAAGUCAAUCAUAUAAUAUUAUUUUUUGUCUCUCUCUCUCUCACUUUUUAUGGGUAGUUUGGGGGUUUCAAUUUAAAAUAAAACAAUCUUAUCAACUAAUGACUUAUGAAGUGAACUAGAUUUUGCUUUUAAAAUGUGACUAAUAUACAAGAUCGAAGGGGUAUUCUGUUUCAGUCAUUUAGCUUAGUCUUAAUCAUAACGGCAUAACAGUCCAAAUAUUGUGGUUUGUACAUAAUAAUCCAGUAGCUGUUUUUAGCAUGUCAUAUUGUAAAAUUUUGUCAUUUAUUGAAUAUAACACUUUAGUGAUGCUAAUAUCAGUUCUAUAUAUCAUGUAUAUUCACCUGGAGAUAUAAAGCGGCAGCUAAUAUUGUUCAGGUUUCAUACGUGUCCACAUUCUUUAACCUAUGGUACUGGGUAAAAUAUGUAAUUGUCAAAGUAAGUUCAAUCAGACGAGAACGGUGUCCGUAUCAGAGAGUUGAGCUAUGUCGAGCAUGGAUAGUUGUUGCCUCUAGUGGUAUUGGUAUUAUAUAAAUGAUUAAUGAUUAAAUCCAUGAUUAAAGUUGUUUGAAGUUUGAACUUGAAUCUAACGUUGACCUACCUAACAACUUUAGUAGAGUAAAUUUAAGAUUCAGGAUGAUGCAGUAGGCAAGCUGCCAACAGCCAUGAGCCAUCAAAGAUUGAGACCCGUGGGUAUUCCUGGCAGUGAGGUGGGUUGGCCUUUGGUUCUCUCUCUUUAAGCGACGUGGAUCAGUGAUCUCUGUUUCUUUUCUGUCUUAAAUAGUCUUGCUGGUCCACCCCGUUCGGGGAAGAUGGUGCCUAACCAUAGCCCUUGAAAGGUGCAAGCUACCGGUACGGUAUCACGUUCGUCCAUAUGAUGCAUGCGAUACUGGACCCAAGUAUUGUACUUUCUUUCUCCUCUCAAGCAUACUUAUACAGUGAAGAAGGUAGGGCCCUUAACGAAGCCCAUGCUACCCUGUUUUUUUCCCGCUUCUGUCUUCAAUGAUUCUUGCCUCGUGGUUCCAUCAUGACUAAAAGAAAACCUUUCCAAGGGAUUGAAAGAAAUAGUGUAUCAAGUUAAUUUUGUACUGAUCAAGGAAAAGGUGUUAGAAAACUAAGCGGGUGCCACGAAUGUUUUUCUUUUCAUUUUCGGAUUUGGACUUGUGAGGUGACCAAUUGGAAUAGAAAUAAAAAUCCAAGGGUUUUUAAUCAA